GCCAAGAAUAAGGGGCUCGUUAGCAUUGCGUUUUCACACGCCUGCUGCUUAGCUUAAGCAACAAGGCAUGAUCUAGACGUUGCGAUACCGCAAAACACCAAAGACUGUACACAGUAGUAUGAACUACCUGACACGCAUCAAGAGCUUCUUACGGGCUAGCCGCGGCAACGGCACAGAACCACCUCCACUUCGACCUCAUGUGCGGCCCGGGUUGUCAUUCCGGCCUUCCUUCGCAGACCUUCACGUCGCGCGUGCAAUGCUGCAAACAAAGCUGCCUACCGAACUCGUGCUGCAUAUUCUCGAAUUUGCGCAAUACUGGCCAUGUCAGGUGUUUACUAUGGAGCGCGAAUGCCAAGUUUAUGCUAGCUCGUGGUCAUCCUUUGGGAAGAUAUGUUUCGACGUUGAAGUGCUUCCAGAAAGUGGUUUAAGAAGCUUUCGUGAAGAGAACGUCAAGGUAAAAGCUGUAGAGUUUCACAUCACCUCAUAUGAGCAUGGAUGGACGCAAGGUCCUUAUAGCACUUCCUCGUGGCUGGAGGUCUCGAUUCUGCGUAAAGAGAACCCUCGAGCUCAGUCCCUUCCUGAUCAGAGCACCGUGUCCCGACCAUUGAUUUCCAACUCCCAGCCUUUGCAGGAGCUCUUUCAAGACCCUCAGGACGAUGGGCAUGGAUGGAUAGUGGUCGAGCGGCCCGCUUUGGCAGCUCACUAUCCGCAAGCUGACGAAGACGCACGCGCUUGGUAUCUGCAGGGCAACAAAGUAGCCGAUCGGAGACCACGCACGCACACAGUGCUUUGGAGUGUUUUUAGCGAUGAAUGCAAGGGCAACGAAGGCGCAGGAAGCGGGCAGGGGUUUCUCGACGAGUUAAGGGCUGGUGACAGACUUGUAGUCUGGGCUAGGGCCAAGUGGGCCGGAUGGACAUGCUAUGUUUCGGAAUUGGAGAUUACAAUAAGCUAUGGGGUUUGAUGCUGGAUUUAUGUUGUAACGACUGUCUACGUACCGCUAGCUAAGAUCGUAGUGUACUGCUCGUAACCUUAAAGUGGUGGGAGGGUCGUUGACAUUUAAAAGAUGCGUUAUAUGAAGUCAGU